AUGGUUCCUCUCUUGGGCGACAAGACCUACUACAAUCGCUCGGUGCCCACAGAAUUACAGCCGACCCAACCUAAGAAUCAACGACUCUUGCGAGUCCUGAGAAUCUGGCAAGUGAGACAGCAUAAAGGCUACUUUCCUGGCGUCCUGCGCACCUAUCUGCGGCUCCUCCAAGUGCUCCUGAAACCCGUCAUAUCUCUCGCUAUGCUCUUCUAUAGCAUCAAUGUCCCGUCAUCGAUUAUCCGGGGCCUGCCUGAGUCUGUUGGUGGAUAUGGAAUGAGACCGGUCUCGCUCGAAUACACCUUCCUCACGCCUAUUGUCGCGGUGAACAUAAGCGAGGCUUUUGGUCACUGGUCUCAUGACAAUAUAGUCGAUCGACAAGUCAGACGACAUCAGAGGCUUUUCGUUCCAGAAGUCUGCCUGUAUACCACAUAUAUCGGAGGCUUUCUCAUAGUUCCCAGGACCUAUUAUCAUCGGCCAGGCGUUGCAUCACCACCUCAACCUUGCUGCAAUUGUUCCUCGGGCGAAAUCUCUGCUUGGAUCAACUUUGGUUACGGCUUUUCGGCGGGGUAUUUCCAACAACAAUGGGGUGCCGCUCGGGGGUAUGAUGUCUCCUUUGGGCUCCAAGCUGUCGUUGUGGUCUACGCAUUUGUCCUAUUGGCUAGCAUUCAACGUUUUGGUGCAGCGUUGAGGGCCAAGGCUAGCGCGGUCAGACCUCUUACUACCUAG